CUGACUUGGAAUUAGGCGGGGCUCGUCACCUCGCGCGUGCGCGUGGCUUGUUCGUCUUCUAAUCGUCAUGGACGGACACAAGUUAUCACCGACUGUGCUCUGGGCACAACGAAAGCACUUCAUUUUGCUUCGAGUGCAGGUCAAAUCCUUGGAGAAACCUGACUUUGACAUUCAUGAAUCACACAUGACUUUCAAAGUGUUUGGGGAAGGGCUUAGUGGAAAAGCUACCUAUUCCUUUGACCUUGUAUUCUGUGAACCGAUCAAUACUGAGCACUGCCGCGUCAAAUUUUCUGAAAACGAGAUUGAAUUCCGGAUAGUGAAAAAGGAAGUGAGUGUGUGGCCACGAUUACAGAGCAGUCAGGAGAGACCUCCCUGGCUGAGGGUCGACUUUGACCACUGGGAGGAGCUCAGCGACGGAGAGGAGCCGGCAGAGGGAGAGGGAGAAGAAGACGGCGAUGUGACAACGGCAGGACACAAGAAACCUCUAUCACGAGAGAGACUGGAGGAAAUCAAGGAAAAACAGGCACAGAUGAUAUCUGAAAUGGAAAAGGUGAAAAAGGAGGCUACUCAACUAUGGAAAACUGUAGACACGGCCAAGAAGGCUUACCUCCUGUUGUAUAAUGGAGUUCAGUGGGCCGGGUUUAUCCUCAUUGUGAUGAGCCUUCUCAAGUGUCUCACCAAAGGAAGAGAGGGUAUUUCGACUGCCUAUAGCUCCACCGGCUCCAUGUUGAUGUUCUCCCAAGCACUGAUGAUGCUGGAAAUCCUCCAUUCUGCAUUCGGGCUCGUAAAGAGUGGCAUUACGACUGUCUUUCUUCAGGUGUUUGGCCGGUUUCUGAUCCUGUUUGCUGUGCUGCGUCCGUCCGUUGAAAUUCAUGAGCACCCAAUUGUCUAUGUGCUGUUCUUGGUGUGGUCUCUAAUUGAGAUAUUCAGAUAUCCCUAUUAUGCUCUCUCGGUGCUUGGCAUGGAAGCAAAAACACUGACAUGGUUGAGAUACACUGCGUGGAUACCACUCUAUCCGUUGGGAUUCACUUCUGAAGCUACCGUUUUGUGGCUCUCUAUUCCACACUUCAAGAACUCGGGAUACUUUCAGUUUGAUCUACCAAAUCCUCUAAAUUUCUCUUUCGACCUCGUAUCCCUCAUUUGGAUUGCCAUAUGCUGCGUUCCUCCAAUUGCCUUUGUUGAAAUGAGACACAUGUACUCGCAGAUGAAAAAGAGGCUUGCUAAACUCAAGAGCGAAUGACACUCAGUGGACCCUACAUUCGAUGUUAGGUUAUAAAACUUGAUAUUAAAGGUCCUGUACAUUGUAUUCUAACACAAUCUUUGUCGCACAAUGAUACAGUGACAGUAUAUGGAUAUUUUCCAUCAUUUUACAAAGUGUGUCUAAGCGUUCUAUGGCGACAGCAAGGUGGAAACAGCGUCUAUUCUCCCAUAAUGAACCCCGAUGUCCUGCCCAUCCAGUAGGCGAGUAGGA